AUACGGUAGCUUUGGCAGUACUUUCUUCUUGCUGCUUCCCUUCCGGUAUCUUUUGUCCCUUUUCACCUUCUAGUUACAGGCAGCAGCUGAUUCUUUCUUGUCAAUACUUGGUUCCACCGGGACUGAUUUCAAAGUUCGGCUACCACUUCUGGCUGUACUUCCACGUCCUCCAUCACCCGUCCAAGACCGCUAGUGACGUCGAUUCCAUCAAUCGCCAAUCUGGGAUCUCGCUAUGAUGACGGUAACUGACUCCUUCAACUCCUUGCUGCUCCGCCGCCGCACUCGUCUAAUCUGCCGCUCUGGAUGAAGCCUCCAAACUCAUCGUCGUCCUUGUUGAACUCCUUGAUCAUGCAUUCGACAUCCACAGCCGUGAGGGCAGUGCCCAUCUGUUUCGGGUUCUCGAUAACCUCCGAGCAUGAGAUCUUCCCGUCGCCGUUCUUGUCAAACUUGUCGAAGAUCUGUCAUAUCUCGUCCUUUGAUCCGGUGAUUGGAGAAGACGCCUUGAAUGUCGUCUCGUCUAGGUUCUGCAACAACACCACGUAUCCAACAGAUCGACAAUCCUUCAGUCCCUCAGAAUCUCCGUCAAAACAACAAGCCGAUUCCUCCCUGUCUUGGUUCUGGCCGCAAAAUCACAAUUCAGAGGCAGAGUCCUCAUCAACGAACAAUGUUCUUGAUCGAUGAAUUGCCUCCAUCUCCACGCUGGACUUCGUUCCAUUUCUCCACCUCGUUCUCGUUCUGAUUCAUCUUCUCCGAAAAUCGAUCCCUCAUUUUCGUCCUGGUCUACCUGGUCUUGUACUUCAUUUUCUCGCUCACCACUUUCAGCCAGAGGGUGCUAGCCAUCACGUUUCUUCUUCGCCCCCACGAGCUUCACUUUUUUUCUUUUGUCCUCACACAUAGGUGGGCGGUGGCCAUCAUGGCCACCGCCACCGGAGAUUGGAACCACUUUAGGUUUUUACGCAGGCUCUGAUACCACAAUGUAAAACUUAAAGGUGGAAAACUAGAAUCACUUUUAUUGAAUGAAAAUUGUCUACAUAA